CUUUAUAACGAUAUUUGCACUGACACAAUCAUAAUGUACAUAAAGUGGACGUGUUCAUAACGAUACGUUUUUAGUUAGAUAUCAGUCGUUUGUUUGGUUUAAACAUACAAUAUGGUGUUUUCAAGUGCAUUGGUCCUUUUAUUCGCCACUUGUGUUCUUUGUGAUGGAGGUUCACUGCUUAUAGCUUGCGAUAUGGAUGACACGGAGUGUCUAAGUAAAACCACACAGCAAUUUUUGGAAAAAACAUGUAAAGGCAUACCGGAAUACAACAUAAAACCUAUCGACCCGUUAUUCGUGCCCAGCCUUGACAUUAAAUUGAGUGAUAAGGCAGAAACGAUAUUACGUUACAAAAAUCUCACAGUAACAGGACUGAAAAACCAGAAGUUUUCCGAUUUCAAAAUGAACACAAAAGACAAAUCAGUUGUGUUACAAACUCGGGCGGAUUUGGUCAUAGUCGGAGACGUCACAAUUGAACUGAACAAAGUAUCAAAAUCAUUCAGCGGUGCUUAUACAAUUAAAGGAACUGCGUUGGGAACAGCUAAAUAUGGAUAUGAUUUUAAGGUCGAUGACAAAGGCGUUGAGCAUUUCGAAGUUGGCUCCGAAACACUGACAUGUCAAGCUGUCAAUGAGCCAGAAGUAACUCUCAGCCCGGAACUGAGCCGAGCGUUAGAAGACGAUAAAGACCUCAAGGAAAGAAAACAUAAAUAUAACGCGAGACGAAAAGAAAUUCAACAGAAUGUUUUCUGUAAGAUGGUAGAGCACGCAUAUAUUACAGUUGUUCACAACAUCCGAGCCGCUGCGAAAAUUCUCCCUAAAAGUGCAUUUUUAAAAGGAGUUUAAAUUAAAAUAUUGUAUUGACAUUUUAUGUUUUCACUUCAAUAACUACUGUUCUAAAACGUAUCAGUUAUAAGCAAUAAAUGAUAUAACAAAUAAUAA